AUGCUUUCCUCUCCUGGUCCACCAUGUUAUCGCAGCAAUUACGCUGGCAUGAAACGAAAUCGUGAUGACAUCUUUUCAUCAUCUGAAUGUGGUGCAAAGUAUUUUCGCAAGGAUAUUGACGGAAAAGUGAAUUGCAGCAAUGCGCUAACUAUUUUGAUGCAAUCCUCGCCUUCAAUUUACUGCCGCCUGAUCGGCCGCCCCUUGCAAGAGACAUCAGAUGAGCCGUCAAGAAUGCACGAAGCCAGUCCUGUUGACCUGCAAAAUCUCAGGUUCCUGCAUAGACAAUCACGUCUUGACAGCUUCGGGUACUUCAGCCAGACGCCUCGAGACUACAAUCACGCCAAUGGAAUUUGCCUUCCGGGUCCCGAACCAACUCCUGUCUUAGCUCCGAUAUUGUCUCCUCGUCGGCAGUCACGACUGGACAGCUUCGGUUUCCUUUUACAUCGACCAUAG